CUCAGAGCGCUAUAUGGUGACAGACCACGCCCACCGCUCCCUGGUGCAGGUCCAGCCCGCAGGGUUUGGGGCUGGAGCGGGGGACCCAGGGCCCAAGUGGGAGCAUUCCUUCUGUCUGCUACUACUGGAGAACCACCAAGGCCUGGCCUGUGAACACCUGCUGAAGGCCCCCUCAGAGUGAGAGAAAACACUCGCACACAGCCUCCCAACCAACCACCUCUCAGAUAAUGCACUAUACACUAAAGAGUAAGACAAAAAUGCAUUACAGUGUUGUACCCGGUUUCUGCUCUCUCUCCUCGCUCUCUAGGUCAGAUAUGCACCGGUGGAUGGCAGCAUUCCCUUCCCUAAAUGACCCAAACAGAGAGAACAAAGAGGUGAUUUAUGAGGACUGGGGUGAGUAAAGAGACGUGACUGACCCAGUCGUAAAAUAUUAACAUUCCUAGUUAGAUGCACCUACUUCCCUGAAGUGAAAUUGUAGCCUUAACCUUUUGUGGGUUCAUAGAUUGUCCCCAGGUGCAGUGUGUGGAACAAUAUGUUGCCCAGCAGGCUGAUGAGCUCACCAUGGAGCCUGCUGACAUCAUCAACGUGCUAUGCAAGACCAAUGAGGGUAUGUGGACCAAACAAUGGAAAUUUAUUUUCAGUACAACAUUCCUACUGAAUUGUCAAGCAUCUUUAUUGGAAGACUUACAGUGCAUUCGGAGAGUAUUCAGACCCCUUGACUUUUUCCCAAAAAAAAUACGUUACAGCCUUAUUCUGAAAUGGAUUACCCCAUAAUGACAAAGCAAAAACCUGUUUUUUUGAAAGUUCAGCAAAUGUAUCAAAGAUAAAAAACAUGAAUACCUUAUUUACAUAAGUAUUCAGACCCUUUGCUAUGAGACUCUAUAUUGAGCUCAGGUGCAUCCUGUUUCUAUUGAUCAUCCUUGAGAUGUUUCUACUACUUUAUUGCAGUCCACCUGUGGUAAAUUCAAUUGAUUGGACAUGAUUUGGAAAGGCACACACACACACCUGUCUAUAUAAGGUCUCACAGUGGACAGUGCAUGUCAGAGCAUGAGGUCGAAGGAAUUGUCCGUAGAGCUCCGAGACAGGAUUGUGUCAAGGCACAGAUCUGGGGAAGGGUACCAAAACAUUUCUGCAGCAUUGAAGGUCCCCAAGAACACAGUGGCCUCCAUCAUUCUUAAAUGGAAGAAGUUUGGAACCACCAAAUGGGCCAAACUGAGCAAUCGGGGGAGAAGGGCCUUGGUCAGGGAGGUGAAUAAGAACCCCUAUGGGUCACUUUGACAGAGCUCCAGAGUUCCUCUGUGGAGAUGGGAGAACCUUCCAGAAGGACAACCAUCUCUGCAGCACUCCACCAAUCAGGUAUUUAUGGUAGAGUGUCCAGACAGAAGCCACUCCUCAGUAAAAGGCACAUGACAGCCCACUUGGAGUUUGCCAAAAGGCACCUAAAGGAAUCUCAGACCAUGAGAAACAAGAUUCUCUGGUCUGAUGAAACCAAGAUUGGCCUGGAUGCCAAACGUCAUGUCUGGAGGAAACCAGGCACCCAUCCCUACGGUGAAGCAUGGUGGUGGCAGCAUCAUGCUGUGGGGAUGUUUUUCAGCAGCAGGGAUUGGGAGACUAGUCAGGAUUGAGGGAAAGAUGAACGGAGCAAAGUACAGAGAGAUCCUUCAUGAAAACCUGCUCCAGAGCGCUCAGGACCUCAGACUGGGGUGAAGGUUCACCUUCCAACAGGACAACGACCCUAAGCACACAACCAAGACAACGCAGGAGUGGCUUCGGCACAAGUCUCUGAAUGAACCCGAUCAAACAUCUCUGGAGAGACCUGAAAAUAGCUGUGCAGCAACGCUCCCCGUCCAACCUGACAGAGCUUGAGAGGAUCUGCAGAGAAGAAUGGGAGAAACUCCCCAAAUACAGGUGUGCUAACGUUGUAGCAUCAUACCCAAGAAGACUCGAGGCUGUAAUCUCUGCCAAAGGUGCUUCAACCAAGCACUGAGUAAAGGGUCUGAAUACUUAUGUAAAUGUAAUAUUUAAGUUUCUUAUUUUGUAUAAAUUAGCAAAGAAUUCUAAAAACCUGUUUUUGCUUUGUCAUUAUGGGGUAUUGUGUAUAGAUUGAUGAGGGGGGAAAAAUAAUUUAAUCCAUUUUUGAAUAAGGAUGUAACGUUAAAAUUUUUUGGGGGAAAAAGUCAAGGGGUCUGAAUACUUUCUGAAACACUGUACAAUGUGAAAACCUUUUCCAUGAAUCAAAAUGUAAUCUCCCUCUGUUAACUAUAUUUUGUCAUCACAGUACAUUGUCUUUUUUCCCCCUUCAUGACUACCGGUAUGCCCUGCGUCCCUCAGAUUGGUACAAGGGGAUGCGUCUGUCUGACGGGGAGAAGGGUUGGUUCCCUAGCAGAAGCGUGGUGGAGAUAACCAACGAGCAUCUGAGGAGAAGGAACCUUCGGGAG